GAGUGUAUAUCGUACGCACGAACAAGCUGAGUUAUUUUAGUCUUUCUCAGUUCCUGGUUAAAUUCUUGAACUGGAAGUUGAGCACGGAUGUUUAGCUCCACAGGAAUCACCUGGAAAACAUUAUAAGCAGGUGUACAGAGACGGCAAUUUUCCAGUGCUCAUUUGAACACUCUGAUCAUCCAGAAAUCCAUUGCUGCUGCGUCUGGCUACUUGAUCGAUACGUCUUCAUAAGGAAUAGCAUGAAUAUCCGAUUUAUCCUCCAGCUCCUUGAGAUAUCAUCAUAGCAGAGUCUGUAGGCACUGGUGGGAAUACUAGCAUUUUCUGAUCAGGCCCGUUAAACAUUGCUUUAAUUUCAGAGAAAUUGGUUUAGUUAAUAAGCUAGACACGUUGUUUGUGACAAGCAGAUUGACGAAGGUAGUGGACACACAUAUCUUCCCAACGAACAAGCUAUUGGUUAUAGCCUUCACUAGAGUCCGAAUGACAACGUGACAAAUGGCACUUCUAAACAGAUUCACCAAAUUGAACGAUCGCUCGAACACCGGCGUCUUCACGUUUAUUGUCACACGAUCCGUAGCACGUGAUUUACACAGAGAUGCCACAACCAAAGACUUUGUGUACGGCUACCAUAGGUGGGCCAUAACAUUUACGAGGUCAGACAAACUUCUUGGUGUUUUUUUGAUUCUUCGCAAUCCAUCUAUGGGAACUAAGUGUUACACAGACUUUUCUUUCACUCUACUGAACAAAGAACAUUUUAGUAAAAACGAGAUUAUAGCACAGAAACAGAGUUGUUUCAGCGUGGAUCACCAGGCGCAUGGUACUAACAAAUGGAUUCCAAUGGCAGACCUGAGUACUCGCCGAUUUACUGACGAAAAUGAAGAGUUUCUUAUCGAACUCUCCAUGGGUAACGUGAAAACUGUCUUUGAUAGUGAAAUUAAAGUACCUCAUCAUUUAUUGGGGUCUCAUUCAAAGAGCAGCAAGUUCGAGACAGCUUAUUUUAUAUUUGGUAAUUAUGAGUGGAACGUCUCUCUUCUUCCUCACGGUAGCCAUGAUGAACUUGACAGUGGGGGCCGGCCACGGGUUCUUCUUAAUCGUUUAACUGGCUUUGAGCAUCCAUGUCGAGUUCGUUACCGAGUGGUUUUGGGAGAAGGCGACCGCAGGGUAGAUUCUGGGAUAUUAGAUCAGAUUUCUGAUCUUACUGGUCGGAUUCGUGGCUUCUCUCUUCGAUGCCAGGUGACAGACCUGACUCGAAGAGGUUUACUGAGAGUGCACGUAGAGAUGAUCUGUGCUAAUACAAUAAGCGAAGCUAAAGUGUCCACUGUGAGAGAUCCAGAUACUUCAGUUAACUGUUACGACCGAGACAAACAAGGGUGGUGUAUUGAAUCUGAUCUGGAGGGAGAGCUAGUAAAACUUAAGUUAUUCUACUGUGACCUUCACCAUGUGCCACGUAACCACCUCCGUUAUAUUUCUUGGAAUGCAUACCUUAUUCGUCAGAAUCCCUCCUCCAGAACAAGGGAAAGUAUUCUAUCGUUGAACGCUCCUCAUAGUAGCUACUACAUCCAAGACGGUAUGGAUAUGGGAGUUGUCAUGGAAACAGACGUUUCUGUACGGGAGAUUCGAGACACGUCUAAUGGAUAUUUGGGAACUAAUGGCCAAUUGACAGUUCAUAUUGAAUGGCUGGAAUCUUUGUUUUUGUUUGGCGCCAUCUACCAUAAAUAUGACGACCUAUGUCGAAUUCAUGGCCACCAGAUGCGGAGAGAGAUUGGAGCGCUCCAGGCAGAAAAUAACAGCUUAGAACGUGAGCUUUUUAGUUAUCAGAAAUCCAUAUCGUUUGCCAACGCCCGUGGUCAUCCAUCUGAAGACUUACCCGACGAUUAUUAUUCCGGUAACGAUGGUUACCUUGAUCGCAGUCUAUCAGAGGGACAAAGUCUGUCUGAAACUGAGUACGCCUGAUGUAUACACUGAUUUCACACAAGAGUUCAUGUCUUCUGCACCACAACUUCCCGUUUCCCCCUCCCCCAAGUGCCUACCAUUACCAAAAAUCGCACGAGACUCAGGAGGUUUCAUUUGAUGUUCCGGACCGCACGUUCCAGUCAAUUUUUAUCUCACCUUUGUGUCCACAACAGCAGUAUCUGCUGGGAGGAACCUACUGCUAAUCAUACUGCACAGGGAAGACGUUCAAAUUAUUAACUUAUCUUUCUAUGCUAAUUCACCUUACUUUUUUCUUUUCGCUAUACAUUAUUAUUGCCAAAUUUUUUGACGUACAAAAGCAAAGAUAGAUAGAAAGUCUACAACCAUAUUUUGAAUUUUCCAAAAAUCAAACCAUUUUCGUGUAUAAGCGAGAAUAACUUAGCCGAAAUAAAUCCUGAAAUUUCGAACUGUUCUGAUGCCUAAAGUUGUAUAAAAUGUGUUCAUACUUUUCAAUGAUAUCUAUACUUUAUUGAAAGUUCUGUUCCUAGCCAAUCUUUAAAUAGAUUUCUGUCGGAGUUAUAAACUUAUUAAACUUAUUACAAGUGUUAUUACGUUUCAGAUGUGAACCUGUAUUCAAACAAUAAUAUUAUUACAGAAAUACCCAUUCAGCUCACUUGAUUUUAAAUAACCUUUAAGAAGAAAAAGGCACACCUGAUGUUGUGUUCUAAAACUAUAUAUAGUUUUACAUUAACUAUAAACGCAAGAUUAACUAUAAACUUAAUCCGAUAAUUGUACGGAAGUUUACAAAAAUAGAUUACAUCGUAUAGUUGGAUAACAAUGAAAUAUUUAUUUGAAUUGUUUCUUUAUAUUUGUAUCAAGAAACUUUAGGAAUUAUUUGAGAAUUACGUCUGAUCAUUUUCCUUGUGCACAAAACUGUAUAAAUUUAUAAGUUUGUUUCAACAAGUGAGAUUAAAGGACAUAGUAUAUAGGAUAUGUGAGAAAUAACUGUUUUUACUGAUCAAGUAAAAAAAUUAUGAAAACUAAACUUAGAAAUUCAUCAAAGAAUUAAAACUCAACGGCACAAUUCAUGACGAGCUGUGUAAAUGAGCUAAUUUUAUCGUUAAUCAUCCAACUGUAUUCAAGCUUUUAUGUCAAAAUGUAAUUAUUACUUCAUUUUGACUUUAUGUGACAAAUGAUCUUAAACUACUUACAUUUUGGUGAAUAUGUUGGAAAUAUGGUUUAAAAACCGUAUAAGUGUAUGGUAUGAUACCGUUAUUAAUGUACAAUUUCAGGUACACCCUAUUCUUAUAAAUCUGUAAUUCGUUGUAAAUAUGACAACUCUGUUUUCCAAUGCUAUAUUUUUUGCAUAUCUUACUUAGUAUUGGUAGCAUUAAAUUACUGCUUUUCAAAACAGAUGAAGCUGUAUUAACUUUUUAUAUAGUGGAGACCGAUAAAAAAAGGUUCAAGUAUUUUCAUUUUUAGUUACAUAGUAUAUAGUUACAUAAUCUUAUACCAACCAAUCCUUGAUCCUGAAAAUUUUUACUAUAAAUAUCUAUGCAACUUGAAGUAAUUUAUCAGUCAGAAUGGAAAAUAUCUUUCUAUCAUUUAAGAAAAAAUAUUAAUAAUUAAUUUCGUUAAGUUUAUACUUACGGUUAAAUGUAUAGGAAUGGGAACAUUAUUUCUAAACUUUACUGAUAUUUACGUAGCUCUUUUUUGUUUCUAUUAUUGAACAUUAGCACGUUUAUGAAUCAAAAGCUAUCUCUUAAUUUUACUUCUGAUAUUUUGUAGCUUAAAAACAGCGUAUAUUAACAUAAGGAUAAAAAAAAGACGAAUUAUUUUCAGCUGUAGCUAUCACCACUGCGUUUUUGAAAUAUUGCAUGUUAAGAAAAAUGGCGUGACUCGCAAAAUCUAGUAAAUAUACCUUCACUGGAUUUUGUAACAAUUGAAGAAAUAUAGUCCUAGCAACAGCUUAUGUUAUUUGUACUUCGUUAUUGUUAUAAAUGUAUAUAACUCUGUUAUUUCAAUUUAAAAUCGAUUCAAAAAUACAAUUGUUUUCGGAUGUGCAUUAGAUUCAAAAAACCCAUAUCUAAAGAUUAUUGCUAUGUUUCUUUCAUUCAGUUAAUGUUGUACAAAUUUCCAUCAUAAAUAUAUAUAUAUAUACCAUUUGUAUUAUCGUUCACUGUAAUGUUAAAUUACAGACUUGUCAGCUAUUCAGUUUUAGAUUUAUCUAUCUUAGCUUUUGUAUGGCUCACAUUGCUUAAGCUUUGAAAUGUCUCUUGUUUUCCUAUUAAGCAGGAUCUUGGUAUAUAUAUACAUAUAUUUAACAAAGCAUUUCCUGCACUCAUUCAUACACUGACUGUUAUUCGCUGACUGGCCUUUCAGCUUCUUUAUGACAUUACGGUGCGUGUCAUAGUUUUGAAUUAUAAUCACAUAGUCCGACAGUUUAAAUUCCAUUAAUUGUUAAGCCAGUAGUUAUAGUUUGACAUCGGAAAAAUAUCGAGUUAGCGAUCGUAUGAGAAUGAAUGCUGUAAUACUUCUCGUGCUGUGUUCCAUGCUUAUUCGAUUUUCCCCCAACAUUGUUUUCAGGUUGGAUUCAAUAAUCAAAUCGUCUUUGAUAUUCUAAUAUAUUAUAACAAUAUUAUAUUUUGCCUUAUUUUACUAUAUUUCUUAAUGAUAUUAACUUUCACGCUUUUUGUUUUAAAUUUUCUUUAUAUCUUCUGAUUCUAGGAGGCGUUUUACCUUUUGGUGAUGAGUUUCUAAAGCGAAGCUAGAUUUCGCACGGAAAGGAAACGCGUUAAUUUGAAACAAAAAUUACCUUCAAUCUUUAUUAUUUCUUACUUUUGCAGAGAGUUUUCAUUUUCUUGCAUUUUAGUAUUUUUAAUAAUAUGUUUUAAAAAAUACGACGCUGUCAAUAAUGUAUAAGAAUUUUGUGUUUUCUACGUCUUUCUGCCUUUGUUCCAGUUAGCACUAAAUGUAUAGUGUGUCACAGAUGAUAAAGGUUGUGUCGUGCAUUUUGAAUACGACUAAAGUACUAUAUAACUUAGAAAUGAUGCCAAAACAAGUGUGCUAUGAUAGAGUAGAUUCAGUUUGAAUUUCAAUGAUAUAUAUAAAAAUCGUAUCUCUUUAUGAAUCAUGAGAUUACUAUGAGAAAAUUCAAGAAAUAUCCAACUUCAAGUUCGAUGUUUUCUAAGCCCAUAGUAUCUAUUUUUUCUAUAACUCUAUAUUUCUCAGAAUCUUUGUAAUCAAUGUACAUUUUGAACUGCAUUUAGAGGGCGUUUUGACUAACUUAGUCUUUGUGGUUAACACAAUUUAUAUACAUUAAAAUUGUUAAAGACAACCACUUCCAAGACAGCAUUUUACUUUAUUAUUUUUGAAAAAAUAAAAGUCACGUUCAUCAGACUCAGCUUUUAUUAAUGUUUCUGGAAGAAUAAGCAGACUACGUUUCAAAUAUGAUGUAAACGUUCUUUAAUCACCAAAAUCUCUCAAAGAGUACAGAAUGCCAAAAUUUUCUGUGUUGUCGAACAGACUGAUGGGGUUAGUUAAACCUCACCGUGCAAAAACCUCUUAAACCAAACAAUUAUGCAAAUAUGUUAUCGAAAGUCGAUAAGUUAUUCCAGAAAUAAGGAUAAGUUUAACAAGAAAAAUAUUAAUUUUGUUAUUUAUUAAUGCUUCCCUUUUCUCUAGCAAAACGUUUUACAGGAAACCAAAUUUGUUAAAGAAGAAAUGUUGUUUCAACUUCUGUAAGAUGGACGUAACGAAACCAAAUAUUUACAACAUAUUAACUUCUGUAAGAUGGACGUAACGAAACCAAAUAUUUACAACAUAUUAACUUCUGUAAGAUAGACUAACGAAACCAGAUAUUUACAACAUAUUAACUUCUGUAAGAUAGACUAACGAAACCAAAUAUUUACAACAUAUUAACUUCUGUAAGAUGGACGUAACGAAACCAAAUAUUUACAACUAUCAAACGAAAAUGAGUCGAAAUUUCGAAUGUUUUAAAACCGAACCUCCUGGUUAGAUUAUUAGGUAAAAAUUAUUUUAAAAAUUGACUUAAGCCAAGUUAAAAAACAAAUACAUGUUUAGCGUCCCCGCCCACUCCCCCUUUUUGCAGCCGCCUCCCCUACAUUUUUUUGCGAUUUUUUCGUUUAUGUUUUUCUGUCAUACAAAAAACAAAGAAGACUUGUGAAUAAAAAAUGAAAUGAAUAUAGCAGAUUAAUUUUGACCAUUUUUCUUUAUUUAUCAUGAAUUCUGUAUCGUUUUGAUGAAAAAAUGAAACAAAGAAGAUUUCUGUUUGACAUGGACCCUUUGAAAACAAUCAACAAUCAUGAAAAUAAAGGUGCAAACUUUCUUUAAAAGAGGUCAUUUAAGAAAAUGAUCUCCUUCCUCUUUUUUUUUUUUCCGAAUACUCCGGACGCUAAACGUGUUUUUUUUCUUUUUACUUGGCUUUACUUGAAAGCAUUCAACUAAUUGCAAAAAUGGGAUAGUUACUUUGAAAUAAUCUCUAACCUAACACAUAUUCGGAAGGUUAAAACGCUUAAGCUGGAAAAGAUAAAACCAUUAUAUAUAUGAUGAAACAUACUUUCAUCUUUUUUUUUGUCUGUAUUAAAAAUAAUUGUAGUGUAACAGAAUGUUCUGUUAUUUUUAAUAUAACACGUGCAUAUAACAGCUAAAGCUUAAAUACUGUCGUUGUAUUUAUAGUUGGAGAUAAUUUGUUUUGUGUUCUCUCUUUACUUCCAACUUGUAAGUAUAUUUCUGUGUUCAUACCACUAAUUGUACCAGAUAGAUAAGACGUGACAAUUUGUGUCAUUAGUUAUACCCAGUUAUUUACACACUCAUGUGCUGAUAUAGUUUUUAAGCAAUAUUUCCAUGUUCUUGACACACUAUAAUGAUAAUCAAAAACACUCCAGGUGAAAUUCUAGCGUCUUCUCUAUCUUCAGCAUGUUCUUUUCAGGAUACUGAUUAACACAAAACAUAAGAAAUAUCUCGACCAAAGGUGUAAGGAAAUACCAAGUACGUUGUUUAAACCAAGUACAUGUCACAAUCAGGUGAUUUAUGAAAUCGAAAGAAACUGCUUAGAAAUAAUAAUAAUAAAGCUGGUAAAAUGCAAAAAAAAAUAGUAAUUACCUUACAAUAAAUAUAUACAUGUAUAUUUGUAUCUCGAGUCAGGUUUAGUUAGCACAGUCGGGCUCUAAAUAUAUGUGUCUAAAAGAAUUAACGGACUGCUCGUGCCGGUCGAAAUAUUUCAGGUGUACUCUAUAUAAGAAGUGUUUCCUAUUUCUGUUUUAUAUGCUACUUCAACAUGUUUGUUUAAAGCAAAAGAGUUUCAAUUGUGUUACAUGUACUUUUACAGACUAAUAUGCACUGACGUUUAUUUCAAUAAAAUGUAUUUCUUCUGCAAGAUA